ACAGUGAGAAGCUUUUUGUAAACGUGUUUGUUAAGAAAAAAUGCUCUGCUAGCAACCGAAUAAUUGGUGCUAAGGAUCAUGCUUCUAUUCAGAUAAAUAUUUCUGAGGUUGACAAGGUAACAGGCAGAGUAAAUGGCCAGUUCAAAACGUAUGCCAUUUGUGGAGCAAUUCGUAGAAUGGGUGAAUCAGAUGACUCCAUUCUGCGUCUGGCAAAAAGAUGGAAUUGUUUCCAAGAACUUCUAAGUGAAGAACCUCUGGUAUGGAACAUCUGA